GUUCGACUAACGCUCAGCGGAAACGGUUAUAAUUACUAAUAUUCGGGAGAUACUCUCGUUCUUAAACGUAACCAAACAUUCGCGGUCUCGCGCUCCCGUCAAAAAGCAACCAAAACAAAAAACCCACGAUCUCUCACCUCAACUGAAGCAAUGAGGCCCUAAGAUGGACAUUAUAAACUGGAAGUCAUCGUUAAAGGUUUACGGACUGAUCCUCACCCUGUGGAUCGCCUGGGUCCAUGGACAAUCCGAUCUUCCCCCCAUUGCAGUGAGUGAGAGUCAGGAGCAAGCCGACAAGGCGGAGGUGUCUGUUGUUUCUACGGCCUAUACGCUUCGAUUCAGCAUUGCAGACGAGACGGAUUAUUCCAUAGACGCCGUCACCUGUCGCAAUGGAUCCGGAACGGAGACCAAGGCCAACGAGGCUCACGUGUGCGAAAGUCUUAGUCCCUGCACUUUCUAUACGUGCGUGGUUUCAUUCCGGUCAAACUCUGAGAAACACCCACCUUCUGACCAAACGAUUUAUGCCUAUACGGAGUAUAAACAGCCCCGGACCACAUUGAACUCGGUGGUGGCCACUGCGAAUACAAUCAAGGUGACAUGGCAGACGACCGACCGCGCCUGCGUGGAGUCCUUCAAGAUCACGGCCAAGUGGGCGGACUCCUCGAAGAGCAUUGAGCAGCUGAGCGACAAGAACACCUGUACGUUCGAGGAACUGAACGCCUGUCUGACGCACACGGUCACUUUGGACACGCGGAACAAUGCCAGCGUGGUGGUGGACACGGAUACCAGCAUUGUGGACACCGAGUACUCGGAGCCUGGAGAUCUCGCCAUGAGCGUGACGAACCUCUCAAGUGGAAUCACCAUUGUGACAUGGGGCGAUCCCAGCGAGAAGAACUGCAUCAGCAACUACCUCUUCAAGUGGCGGCGAGAAGAGUGCGGCAAGGAUCAAAAUCUGGACACCUCCACUGAAGAACCCAGCACCGUUACCACGACCGACAUGGACUACAUCACUGCCACCACAGUGGAGACCACCACUCCGGAUCCACCCGACGAUGAUGUUCAGUGCGAAUGGAGCGCCGUCUCUGCCGAUGGCAAACUCAGGGAAUAUCUAUUAACCGAUCUUCAAGGAUGUGAGCCGUACACUUUCCAAGUAUUCAUCAACGAUAACGACACGGCCAAGGCAUCACAGCAAUUCAUAUCGGCCGAAAAGAUUUCCAGUGCUGUUUAUGAUCCCAGUCACACCGCGAAAUCCACCCAGUUGAGAUGGACUUGGUCGGAUCCCCAAGACAAUCCCAGAUGUGUGGCCAACUACAGUGUAAAGCUGACGGGACCAACUCAAAGAUCCGUUAACAAAACCAUCGAGUUAGUGACCCAGGAGAGGUUUGCCGAGUUUGAGGACCUCGAUCCUUGUGGGCUAUACAUAGUGGAGAUAGUGCCCAUACAGCUAAAUGGAACCUCCGGUGGUCGGUUUCAGGAGGAGAGCACCGUCGGCGAGGAUCAGCCCACGCAGAUCCUGGAACCCGUGGUGGAGCCGAGCGCUUACUCCAUUGAGGUGAGUUGGAAAACUCCGGACUACGCCGAUCUCUGCAUCGAUGGUUACCGCCUAUCCGGUUGGAUGGAGGACGACAAACUGGUCGAGGUUGAGGCGCUCAGUACUAGUACCCAGAACACGACGGUCCUCUUUGACAAGAAUCUACUGGCCUGUCAGGUGUACUUCAUCCAGAUCAUCCCAUAUACCAGGGAAAGUCUCGACGGCGAGCUGAGGCGGAUCGAAGUGGAGACGAGAGCAGCCAUAGUAGAUCACACUAAGGUCAAGCUGGAAAGGAAGCAAGCCGGGUCCGAAUUUCUGGAGUUAACCGCCUUCAAUGCGGACUACAACAACACCUGUCCGACGAUCUUUGCGCUCUUCAGCUGCAACACCACCUCCCAGGUGCGUAAUCCGUAUGCGGAGCGAUAUGUGGAGGGACAUAGCAAGCAAGGGUUCAAUGCCAGCCUCUCUCCACUUUCCCCGUACACCACCUACUUCUGCAGUGUGGUACUGUACAACGUGGCCGGACCUUCGAACACGCUGACUGUGGCUGGCCUUCAAACGGCAACGUACUUCCCUGAGGAGCCGGAGGCAGUGGAGCUGGACAAAAGCACCGCCAGCAGCCUGCUCUUCACCUGGCGUGAGCCCACCUACAUGAACGGACCUAUCAAGUACUACCAGGCCUUCCUGAUGCGCCACGAGCCCAGUUACUUUGUGCCGGAGGGGUGUGCCGAGAUCGCCAAGGACACCAAGUCGGAAACCAAGGGGGAACCUAAUGUCAACUUCACGGGUCUGGCUCCAGCGAUGAGAUAUAUGAUGCAGGUGGCUGCCCAGAACGAUUUUGGAAUGGGAAAGUAUACUGCGCCCGUAAUUGGGACUACCAUGCCCACAGUUUCCGACAAUGUGACCGAGCUGACCGUAACGCCACAGGGUCCGGACAACAACAUCAACCAGUAUGCGGCCAACGUGACGGUCACCUGGAAGGUGCCCUGCCAGUCGAACGGCGACAUCGAGUAUUUCCGGCUGAACUUUAGAGGCGAGCGGACUGGCUUCACGCCCGAGGUCUUGAACCGCACGGUGAAGAUGGACCCGGAGAACAAGCAGGGACGGAUGUCCUACACGGAGACGGAAAUGCAGCCCGAGUAUAACUAUACAGUGGAGGUGGCCGUCAAGAAUCGCGAUGUGAGUCAGCUCAGCGGUGGUGUGGCGGGUGCUUGGCGAUCUCCAGCGGGAUUGCCCACCGCUCCGAGUCAAGAAUUGAUUAAGCAAAUGCGCGCCAAUGUCGACGAGACGAACCAACCAACAAAAACCGCAGUGGUGCGACUUCCGGCGGAGAUCUUGACUUCCGAAUCGGGGGACAUAACAUACAUGGCGCUGCUGCUCUCGCAGAAGAACUGUGCCGGAGUUCCGCCUCUACGACACGACGUGGACACCUUGUGGCCCGAAGUGCUGUCCUACCAGAAGGCAGGAGCCGACGGCACCGGGGACUGUAGCCUGCAGUACCAGACCACGGAGAAGAGGUGGCGACCUACGCCCGUCCCUCGUCAGCGAAGUAGCGUGGACUUGGACACGUCCGAGGAAAUAGUGUUCACCAUCGGCGUGGACAAGUGCUCGGAGACCCUGAAGGAGUAUUGCAAUGGACCACUGCUGCCCGACACGGACUACAACGUGGUGGUGCGACUGUUCACCUCCUCGGGUUACAGCGACGCCGCUGUCCUGAACUUCAAAACGAAGGCGGCCAUCAAGGUGACCCUGAUCCUGGUGAGCGUUUGCAGUUGUCUGUUCUUGGCCUUCGUCAUUGGACUGGUGGUUCUGUGGGUGCGAAAGCGGUUGGCCUGGAAACGCGACUCCGGUCAGGGCAUCGAGGAUCCCUUCGGCAAUGUGAUUGCCAAGAACUUUGCCAUCUUUUAUGCGGAGGUUGCCAAGCCGGAGAAACUUACGCGGGAGUUCAAGGAGAUCACCGUGGAGGCCCUGUUGAGCUAUUCUGCUUCGGAGUUGGGUUGCCACAAGAAUCGCUAUGCGGACAUAUAUCCUUACGACAAGAAUCGUGUAAUCCUGGACAUAGAUGCAGAGGGAUCGGACUAUAUCAACGCAUCCUUUAUAGACGGGCACACGCAUAGGAAGGAGUACAUAGCUACCCAAGGACCGAAACCGGAGAGCGUGAUGGACUUCUGGCGCAUGAUCCUUCAGUACAACGUGCGGGUUAUUGUUCAGGUCACCCAGUUCCGCGAGGGCAAUACGAUCAAGUGUCAUGAGUAUUUUCCCUACGCCAUGCGGGGACUGACAGUGACCGUCAAGUCCAAGGAGAGCUUCGAUCUUUACGAUCGCACCGAAUUGACGGUGGUGCACGACAAGUACGGCCUGAAGGAGAAGGUGGUGCAUUUCUACUUCAAGAAGUGGCCCGAUCACGGCUGUCCCGAGGACCCGAUGCACUUGAUCACCCUGGUGAAAAAGGUGAAGAGUGAACGCCGACCCAGUUACUCGCCCAUCGUCGUUCAUUGCAGUGCAGGAGUGGGCAGGACGGGCACGUUUAUAGGUCUGGAUCUGAUCAUGCAGCGCCUGAAGAGCGAGUCGAAAAUAAACAUUUUCGAGACGGUCAAGAAGCUACGCUUUCAGCGUAUGAAGAUGGUCCAGACGCAGCAACAAUACACGUUCCUGUACGCCUGCACCUAUGAGCUGGUGAAGCACAAGAUUCCCAGAGCCGCCUUGAAAUUGGAGGGACGACCGAAGUCCGUUUCCACGCCGGUCAUUUCCGCUCCCAAGAAGGUGAGCUUCCCGGACGUGGAUGUCGGCAGUGGUGAUUCUGCUGUGGCGUCUUCUCCUAUGUCGGAUCUGGAAAACGGUGUGCCCAUCCUGCAGCUGCCCCCUCGGCUUAACGGGCUGCGGAGAAUUGGACCUGCAGGUGAUAUCGAUGGACCAUCCACGAGCAGCAACAUGUGACAACGGCUGUGUAUUUAUAGCAUUUGUAUUAUACGAACGGAACUAAGCAGCAAUAAUAGCCAAAGAAAAAUGUGUCUAAAGCGUAAAGCGACUAAAGUACAGUUAAAAUUGGAAGUUGUAUUUAAAACACCUGUUUUUAAUACAUAUAUUUUAUUUAUAAAGAAGUGCAUGGUAUCACCGUAAAAA